AUGAUGGCUCAUGAAGACAGUGGUUGGGUUUUUGAUUCAUUGGUAGGAUUUCUUCAAGGUCCAAUAUGGUCAGCACCUCUUUUAACAUUUAUUGAAGAAAGAUCUCUCAUUUUUGAAGCAGACUUACAGGAUAGUCAAGAGUAUCAUGAAGUUUAUCAAGAGUAUAAAAAUUUGGUUGAUUUAUUAUUGGGCUGUUAUAUGGAAGAUAUGGGAAUUACACCAGAACAAUUUGAACAUGCAUGCACAGUUAAUAAACAAACGCGAAUGCCUAUUCAUUUUCAGCAGUCUCUAUUCGAACAAAUUUGGGCAGCAAAUGAGUAUGAAAUAUUUAAACGAAUGAUGAUACAAAAGAAUUUGGAGUUGCAAUUACAAACACUUGAAAUGUUGGAACAAAAAUUUGGACUUACACCAGCAUCAUUGACUUACAAUACUGAAGGUAUUCCUGAUGAAGACCUUGCUAUGGAAGAAAUACUGAAUAAAAAAAUUAAAGAGUCCGAAGAAGAUGAUGAUAAUCUAGUAGAGACAGAAGCAGAUCUUGAAAAGGCACAUGAAAUUUUAUACAAUCAAUAUCAAAAUGAACGAGCUGUGUUGGAAGAAACGAUAAGAGCAUCAGCACAAUUACCAGAUCCGCCAGCUGAACCAGAAGAAUUAGUCCAGCGUCCAAUUGAAUCUUGUUCGGAGCUUGACAAAUUACCAUCAUUGAAACCAUCUAAAAUUCUAACGCCACUUGCUCCAAUACCUAAAGAAGAAGAUGAAAAGCUGGAUCUUCCAGAAGAAAAUAAACAAGAAACAAAAGAAGAAAACCAAGAAGAUAUAAAAAAAAGAGAGGGUUAUUUAAAAGCACGAAGAGAUAAAUUAGUAGCACUGAAAAAACAAGCUAGAAAUCAGCGAUUAGAGAUGACAAAAGCACGUCCAAGUUCAGCUAGAAAUGUUGCGGAAGCAACGAUGCAAGGUAAACAAGAUUUGGAAAAUCCGCAAGCAGCUGGUCCAUCUCUUCAAGUUCGAAAAGCUCUGGCAGCACGUCUCAGAGCUGAAGUUGUCAGGCAAUAAAAUUUAUUUAAAACCUUUUUUAACUAUAGAUUUAAUAUAAACAAUAUUAAUAAUCAAACAAUAAGUUAUUGGUAUUCACUCACGGUAGUCAAAAUUUCUUCUAAAUUUAAAUUUAUUCAAUUAAAUAUUUCCUCGCACUUCUACAUCACACUUUUACUCAUUAUAUAACACGCAUUCAUCAUAUUACUCUCUAUAUUUCAUUGCCAAAUUUAUGGAGAGCAUUAGAUCAUUAUCAUAAAAUGAUCCACAUUUCAUUUGUAUCAAUUGAAUUCAUUCAUUUAUUACUUUGUUUUCUUUUUUUUUUUUAUUAUUAAUUUUAAUUGUUACUUAAUUAUUUAAAUUUAUUAUUAAUUGUUUAUUUUAUUAUUAUCUUACCAAACUACUAAAAAUGUUCAUUUGAACUUGAUCAAUUAUUUACAAUCUCACGCUGUUAUAAUAGACAAAAAUUAAUGAUUAAGCAAAUAUUUAUUAUAAAUAAAAAUAAUAAUAAUUCUGCUUAACUUUACUUUAACGUAAAAUUUUAAUUUAUCAUUUCAGUUUUAUAAUCAACAGAUUAAAUUUUUUUUUAUUUCUUAUAAUAAUUAUUAUUAUUAUUUUCAAUUUGUCUACGAAUUCUCGUUGCUUCUAUGAAUUUUGUAAAAAUAAAAUGCAAGAUAUUUUUUUAUUAUUUUAAUAUUAGUAUUAUUAUUAUUAUUAUAAUUAUUAUUAUUAUUAUUAUUUUUUUUUUUCAAUUUAACUUUAUGGUCCUAUCGCCACUUGAUGUACUCUCGAUAAUUUUAUAUAGUUGGGUUGUAUACAAAGGUCACGAAUUGUUUAUUUUUCUUCUAUAAAAAAUUUCUGUAUACUGCAUGUUUGUUAAAAAUAAAAAAAAAUAACAAAAAAUAUAAUCCAGAUAAAGUAAUGUGACUUAUUAUAAUAAAAUAUAAAACACCGAAUAUUUAAGUAUGAUAAUAAGAUAAUCCUGUACGUAAUGUUAUUUUUGUUAUAAUUAAUAUUAUAAUUAUAUCGAUGUAACAUUUGUAAAAUCUAUAGUGAUCAAUGGGUCGGUAUUGUAUACAAAAUGUUUCAGAAGUCUGUUUUGAUCACUUUCAUGGUUAUCAAAAAUCUAAAUUUUUAUCUUAAUUAUUUUAUUAUUAUUUUUUUCCGUAUGCAAAUGCCCAAAAUAAAUUUUAGGCCUUGUAGAACAUUACCUUAAGUGAGUGAGAUCCUUUUUACAAAAUGAACUUAUGAUACUAUUUUAAGUUUUGUGUAGUUAAAAAAUCUUUGUAAUUAUUUACAAAAAUAAAAUUCAUUUUGACAUGUACAUGGAUUUUAUUGUUAUUUAAUAAAAUGUUUUUUUUUUUUUUGCAUAUUUACGCACGUCAGAUAUUUAUUAUUUCCAAUUAUGCUUAAUUGUAAAUCGCAACAGAGUCUGAAUCAUUUUGCA